AUGAACAACAAGUCAUUGUGGAAUCUGAACCAUAAGCCCCUCGAGGUCAAUCAUGAUGAAACCGCUAGCCGCAGCCCCACCAAGGCUACAGAGAAUGAUCUCUGUAGAUGCGACUUCAAAAUCACUCACCGUCCAGGCAAAGACAUCUAUGUCGCAGACACACUCUCCAGGAAGUUUCUUACCUACAAGGACAGCAGCCUCAGUGAAGGCAUGGACAUGCAAGUGCACACUGUGUACAGCAACUUACCAGUUACGGUGCUGUCAGUGCUGGGUAAUGCUGCAGUCCUGCUGACCUCAGCACUGCGGCCGACUCACCUCAAGGCCCCGGAGCUCCUGACAGUCAACCUGGCUGUGACGGACAUCGGCAUGGCUCUCAGCAUGUACCCCCUGUCCAUUGCCUCGCUCUUCAACCACGCCUGGAUCGGAGGGGAUUCCUCCUGCCUCUACUAUGGCCUGAUGGGGAUGAUCUUCAGUACGGCCAGCAUCAUGACCCUGGCUGUCAUGGGUCUGGUACGAUACCUGGUGACAGGAAACCCACCCAAAACAGGCAACAAGUUCCAGCGUCGGACCAUCACCAUGGUGAUCAGUGUGAUCUGGCUGUACUCUGGGCUGUGGGCUGUGUUCCCUCUACUGGGAUGGGGUGGCUACGGACCGGAGCCCUUCGGGGUGGCCUGCUCCGUGGACUGGGCCAGCUACCAAGACUCCCUGAACCGUUCCACCUUCAUCAUAUCUCUGUCUAUCCUCUGCACCUUCAUCCCCUGCCUCGUCAUCCUCUUCUCCUAUUUUGGCAUAGCCUGGAAACUCCACAAGGCCUACCAGGCCAUCCAAAGCAGCGACUUCAACUACGGACACAUCGAGAGGAAGGUCACUCUGAUGGCGGUGUUGAUCAGCUCUGGGUUCAUCGUAGCCUGGUCUCCCUACGUGGUGCUCAGCUUUUGGAGUAUGUUCCACACCAAGGGGAAGGACAGCCUGGCCCCCGUGGUCUCCCUGCUGCCCUGCCUGUUCGCGAAAGGCUCCACGGCCUACAACCCUUUCAUCUACUACAUCUUCAGACGCUCCUUGAGACGCGAGCUCCGCCAGCUCCAGGUCCUGAUCUGCUGCUCUGCCCAACCAGACUCACCUUCGUGUAGGGAGACAGGAGAGGAGGGCAGGCAGAGUGUAAGGUCUGACCUACUACAGAGCCUUCCGGAUAAUAAGAAUAGAGCUCCCUUGGUGGGGAAGUUGGGAACUGCGGCGCUGGAAAGAGUCUGAGAAAGAGCUCACAAGCUCCUGUUAAAAAAAGUAUUGGAACACGGUCCGUUUGAACAUUGGUCCGUACCCAUCAAAGGGUUAAGACUGUGUGUGUGCGUGUGUGUUAAAGCGUCACAAAUGGAUGGGGUGUGAGUUAAUCAACUGUGUUUCUUCACUGUCAUUCUAGCACACACUACUAGGUCAUCGCCUCGUCCUCGCCACAUCACUAACAAAGUAGCACUUUACUUGAAGUCAACAGACAAAAAUGUAUUAUGAUGCAGUCAUAAGACACAUCACACAUUAUAAUCAUUGUAAUAAGACAUUAUAUGGGCUCAUACACGUUUAUAAAAAGUUCUAAAGCAUUGUGUUUUUUGGCUUGAAGUUAAAGGAACAUCAUGUAGAAUGAAGCCCCCUAAUGGAAACUAGGUGAAUUGCAACAACAUUUGCACUGCUACAACACUUGCGAUGUAGAAUUUGAGCAACCAGGAAAUAGCAAGUCAAUUUCUGAGUCUUUUUUACUUUCAGUUUUGCACACCAUUUCUGCCAUUGUUCAUUGUGCUUGUGAGGAGAUAACCAUGCCUCUGAGUGACUCCGAUGGAAGAGAGGGAGGGUCCAGCCUUCCAAUUUGACAACAAGAGACAGACCAGCUUUUGUUGUCAAAUAGGCGGGCGGGCGGGCUGUACCAUCAUCAUGUAACUUUGUGUGGGCCCCAAUUUAUUUAUUUUUGAACAAAUAUUGUGAAACAUUACACUAUUACCGCAGAUAUAUUACAUAUAUUACAAAAAUAUUACAUAAUGCCCCUUUAAGUGUUAUUGUAAAGUUCACUUUAUUGUUGUUGUGAGGUACUGUAGCAUUGAACUUAAACUUCACAAUGGUCACUAUGAGCAUUUACAACGGUCUCUAUGGCCAUAGUUCUAGCCAUAGAGACGACACACUAAUAGGACGCCCACAGGCCUCACAAGACUCGUCUGAAGGUCACCCGGUAACAGUUCAAAACAUUUAUGGAAGUAUAUAUGGAGACUGUUUAGUGCCAGAAAUAAGGGGUUAAAUACAUAAACAAAAUGUUUCCUGAUCUUUCUUAUACAUGAUCUCUCUUUCUUAUAUGUGUAUUCAUUAAUGAACUUAUUGUAUAAGGAAUUCUGCCUACAGCUCCACUGCUCAGACGUCAGAAA